UCAAUUAAAUUAAUUGGUUAAUUCAAACUUGGAGCUUCAUACUUUUCUCUUCGUUAGCUCAAUUUAGAUGGAGCAAGCCACACUGAUAAGAGUACUACUGAUGAUUUUUCUUUAAAAUGUGGAUGUGCUUAGUAUACCAUUAUAUAUUCAAAUUUAUCUAAGCAUGCUGAAGUCGGAUGUAAAAGCUAUAGGAAAAUGUCUGUAACUCUAGAGAAAAUGGAAGUUGUCAACAGCAGCGAUGUUGGAACCGGUGAAUCAUACGAGCAUUUGGACUUGGAGGAAGAGGAAUCAUUUUUUCAUGAUAUUGACCUGCUGGCUGAAUACAACAUAUCCCUAGAAGAUAUAAAACUAUUGAAAAACAUAGGCAUAAAUACUAUAAAAGGAAUUCAAAUGACGAUUAGAAAAAAGUUACUUGAAUUGAAAGGAUUCAAUGAGGACAAGAUACAAAAAAUCAAAGAAGCCUGUUGCAAAAUAUCUUUUAGUAAUGGUUUCAUGACUGCUUUGGAAGUAUCUGAUCAAAGAAAACAAAUUUUUAAACUUCAGACUGGGAGUGCUAAACUAGAUAAACUUUUGGGAGGAGGUAUCGAGUCUAUGUCAAUAACGGAAGUAUUUGGAGAAUUCCGCACUGGAAAGACUCAACUUUCGCAUACUCUAUGUGUGACAGCUCAAAUGCCUGGAAGUAAUGGAUAUCUCGGAGGCAAAGUUAUGUUUAUUGAUACUGAACACACCUUUCGACCUGAGCGGUUGAGACCUAUAGCUGAAAGGUUCAAUCUGGAUCAAACUACAGUGCUCGAAAACAUUUUGUAUGCAAGAGCUUACAAUUCCGAACAUCAAUAUGAACUUUUGAACAGUGUCGCAGCCAAAUUUCAUGAAGAAGCUGGCAUAUUCAAACUCCUGAUUGUGGAUUCCAUAAUGGCUCUUUUCCGGGUCGAUUACAAUGGCCGCGGGGAAAUGGCUGACCGUCAACAAAAACUUGGUCAAAUGAUGUCACGUCUUCAGAAGAUAAGCGAAGAAUACAAUAUCGCCGUAUUCGUUACGAAUCAGAUAACUUCCGAUUUCAGUUUGAUUCCAGUGGACCCAGAUCUUCCCAAACCCGUUGGCGGUAAUAUCCUAGCGCAUUCUUCUACGACUCGUAUCGCUUUGAAAAAAGCUAAGGGUAACAGACGGGUGGCGAAGAUCUACGAUAGUCCUGACCUGGAAGAAAGCGAAGUUACAUAUGUUAUCACAAACGGUGGCAUAGACGACCCUAAAGAGUGAAUCUUGUUUUAGAAAUGUUUUAAGAUAACACUGAUUGUGUAAAUUUUAUCUCCUAGAAAUAGUUGAUUUUUCGUUUUUUAUCUUUGCUUUCAAUGUUUGUGUAUAAUUGAAUUACUGUUAAUAUUCCAUUCAAUUGACCAAUUACUGUAAUUACACAGGCUAGAUUAGGUUUUAAUGAUUGAAUUCUUGUUCCAUAGUAGUGUUAAUUUUUGAUCUGAAAAGCUUUCAUUUUUAUCCUGGUUGUUUGUAAUAAAUGCUAUUGAAACUUUUA